AUCUUCUCCUCUUUAUUUUGCCCUAAUUUUAUACUUUUGCUCCGGUCUAACCGCUUGUGCCUUUGCCCUAAUCCGCAGGCCCUGCGUGAUGCUGUUAUACCCCUUAUAUGCGUCGGUGGUGGCAAUAGAGAGUCCAACAAAGGUGGAUGAUGAGCAGUGGCUGGCCUACUGGAUUAUUUACUCCUUCUUAACCUUGUUUGAGAUGGUUGCAGAGCCCUUGCUGUCAUGGAUACCCAUAUGGUAUACGGUAAAGUUGAUAUUUGUGACAUGGCUGGUGCUUCCACAGUUGAGGGGAUCGGCCUUCAUUUACAAUAAGUUUGUAAGGGAGCAGCUGAGGCUAUAUGGAUAUGGAGGGCACAAGGAAGACAAGGAAGUUACUAAACCCUCCUCACCCAGUAAGGGUAGGAACAAAUUUCUUGGGCUUGCUCGCUCGAAGAAGGGGGAGUAG